AUGAAAGGAAGUGUGUCUGUUGAAACCAGUGGGUGUAAUUCCUUACACUGUGCUGCAAUGGGUGGUAAUGAAGCUAUAAUUGAGACUUUGCUAUCUUCUGGAUUAGACAUAAAUUCAAGGAGUAAUGAUGGGACAACACCCUUAAUGAUGGCAGCCGCUACAGGACAAGAGAAGACAGUAGACCUUCUUCUCAGCAAGGGAGCUGAUCCACACCUUAAAAACUUUAUGGGAAGAAAUCUGCUUCAUGCAGCAGCUGAAGGUGGCAACUCUUCCAUUGUGAUGAGAGCGCUCUCUUGUGACAUUGACAUUAAUUCAAAAGAUGAUUGUUCAGCCACCCCAUUGAUAAUAGCUGUUAAGCAAAACCAUAUUGAAAUUGUGAAAUAUCUUCUUCAAAAGGGUGCAGAUAUAUCUUUGACAACUGAAGAUAAAAAGAGGAAUGCUUUACACAUUGCAUCACAGGAAGGAAGUGUUGCAGUAAUUGAGAUGUUACUCUCCUAUGAUCUCAGACCUGAUUCACGAGAUGGUGAGGGAAACACGCCAUUAGCCCGUGCUGCAGCUUGUGGACAUAUAGAGGCUGUAAACUGUCUUCUUAAACAUGGAGCAGAUCCAUUACUGAAAGGGCAAGAUGGACGGAACCUUCUCCAUUUUGCUGCUCAGUCUGGCAAUGUCAUCAUUAUUGAGACCAUGCUUUCUAAAGGUUUUGAUAUUGAUGCCAGAGAUGAAACUCUGGGUGUAACCCCUCUGAUGGUUUCCAUUGCAUCUGGAAAAUUGGAGGCAGCAAAAUAUCUGCUUGAGAAGGGUGCUGAUAAAAGUUUGAAAACCACUCCGGGAAAACUCCCUCUUUUGUCUAUUGCAUCAGUAGCUGGUUCUAUUGCAGCCGUUGAGAUGCUGCUCUCACAUGGUUGUAACAUUGAUGCUAGAGAUAGUGAGGGAAACACACCAUUGAUGCAUGCUACACGUCUUGGAAAUACAGAGGUUGUAGAAUAUCUUCUUGCUCAAGGUGCUAAUCCAUUACUUAGAAAUACAUCAGACCUUGGACUGCUCCAUUUAGCUGCUUUUUCUGACAAUGCUCUUACUAUUAAGGCUGUGCUCUCUAAAAAUCUUGACAUAAAUGCUAGUCGUACAGUCCUUGGUAUAACUCCACUGUUGUUUUGCUUGGGACAGGGUAAACUGGAGGCUGCAAACUAUCUGCUUGCAGAGGGUGCUGAUGAAAAUUUGAAAAGUAAGGACGGGUUGACUGUUCUAUCUGCUGCAGCAAUGAGUGGUAACGUUGCAGCCAUUGAGAUGCUGCUUAAGCGUGGUCACAACCCUAAUUCCAGGGAUGGUCGUGAUAACACACCCUUAAUGUGGGCUGCAGAGGUGGGAAACAAAGCAGCUGUAGAAUAUCUUCUUUCUCUCACACACUAA